AGCACUUACAGCUUCCCGCACAGACACCCCUGGAAUCCUUCACACCCUAACAAUACAUUCAGGAUAAAAAUCCACCCAUUCAACACAGAGAGCAUGGAUCUUAGCAUAAACAGCACGAGUCUGACUCCCACGCCCACAAAUUCCGCUGGAGACUCGAAACUCAGAGGUGUGGCUUUGGGAUUCGAGCUGCUCACCUGUUUCGUCGGGGUUAUUACGUGUUGCUUUAGCCACUAUUGCCUGAAGACAUGCAAGCUGAUUCAAAGCGGGAUGAAGAUUCAACUACAGAUAUUAUUCACCACCGAUAUCGUGAUCUGCCUCAUCGCGCUGCCAGGUCAUGCAGCGAUCGAGUACCGAAUACUAAGUGGUGUGCAUGAUAACAAGACGUCAUCAACAGUUUUUACGUCCCUGUACACCGUGGCUACAGAGAUUGAGCGUGCUACCGUUAUGUUAAUCGCUAUCUAUAGGAUGAUGGCUGUGUGUUUCCCUUUCAAGUACAGGUACUGGUCUCAAAAGAAAGUGGCGUUACUGGUAAAUUUAAUUGCCUGUUCGCCGGUAGUCCUGAUGCGGACAAUAAAGCACUUUAUAAAGGAUGACUCAGGCAUUGAAGCAUUCGAUCCUAACAACUAUUUCAUAGAUAGUUUUAUGCAGUUUGGAUUCAUCUCGGCGCCAACGGUCAUUACGCUGAUCGUCUACCUUGUCAUGGCUUUGUUCAUGCUAUGCAAGAAGGGAUCCAUUUCACCACCUGACAGUUGCGAAAGAUCUGUAAGAAUCUUCAUUUUGACCAACACUCUAUUCGAAGUUCCAGACAUAAUCAUGCACGCAGCCAAAGCUACUGUGGAUAAUGCUGCCUUUAUUAUCAUCCAUGUGAUAUACCGAAUUCACUUUGCCCUCGACCCCAUUCUCUUCGUGGGCCUCAAUGCAAGAUACCGCCAGAUGGUGUAUCAGUGCUGUUCCUCAAAUAUUCGCGUGCGAGAAGCCGUCACUGACACCAAGGAGGAGGACACACUCGAGAGCAAGUGUUAGAGAAGCGUCCAGACGAGAGAAGACAAGCCUGCUUUUCCCUCGAUUUUUCUCCACUUCAUAUGAUUUAGCUCAAUUUUGACUGUUCACCAAGAAAACUUAGUUAAGCCUUGCUUG